AGAGUGUAUACUCUUGAACUCCGGGAGCGAGACCCUAAAAAAAGUUCAAGAAGCUAUGAAGUGUGGUAAACUCUUAAAAGAAAGAUGGAAAGAGGGGAGUUGGCUGAUAAAGAUGGACAGUCACGAUUGUGUAAUAUCAAUUUAUCGGCCUCGUCAUCGAAAGCGGCUUCCAAUUGCUCGGAAAUUCUAAGCUAUAUGGGGGGCUUGGAUGGUGAGCAAAAACAAUUGAUCAAGAAGUUGGUCAACUUUCGCAUGAAAGAAGGUAAAAGAACGAGAGUUCGUGUUAUUGUUUAUCAAACUUUUCAUCGCCCAGCUCAAACUGAACGCGAUGUAAUCAAACUUAUGGUUGACGCCGUAGAGAAUAUAAAGCCCAUAUGCGAAGUCCAAAAAGUAGGAGUAGCAGGUACUAUUUAUGAUCUCCCUAGGAUUGUAGCCAGGGAUCGUCAACAAACCUUAGCUAUUCAUUGUAUCCUUGAAGCAGCUUUCAAACGACGUAUAAGCUACAGGAUAAGCUUAGAGAAAUUUUCAUUUGUUGAGAUACUGGAUGCUUACCGAAAGAGGGGAAUUGCACGUAAGAAAAGGGAGAAUCUUCAUAGACUGGCUUCCACCAAUCGAAGUUUCGCGCAUUUCAGAUGGUGGUAAAGUAAAGUGAGACCACAUAAAGAGCUCUUCCUUAUUUAGUCAGAUUAUUUAGUAAGAUAUAGUUUGACCCUGUUUCUUUUUCUUUUCAUCUUUAUAUAGAAAGCCAGCCUUCCUCAUACUCCUCCCUUCAUUCAUUGAGUUGGAGGAAUCCAUAGGAGGCUCGCCCGUUAUGCAUUGCAUGAAAGAACCUUUCUUUGUAUGACUUCUCUUUUGCCUCAGGUCGAAUGAAUACGAAAGGGAGAUCAAUCAAAAAAUAGGCCAUGAAUGAAGAAGUAGUGGGCCUUUCACCCUCUUUCUAGUGACUCGGGGAGCUGAUAUGA